AUGGUGAUCCAUGGUGACUCUGACGAGAGUGAGGUGAACGGAGACUGGGGGCAGCUGUCGGGGAUCCGAGAGCGCGGAAGCUGCGCGGGUCGUGCGGGAGGCGGGCCCGGCCCGGCCAGAUGUGCACGCCCGCCCCGCCUCCUUGCGCGCCGGCCCCGCUGCCCCGCGGACGAUCUGUGCUCCUCGCCCGGCGUCCGCACCUCUCCGCAGGCCACCGUGUCGGGUCGCCCCGGGCCAGCGGGAACCGAGGCGGUGGCCCUGCAGUGGCGCGGGUUCCGCGCCCUCCCGACCGGCAGGAGGAGGAGCGGGCGGCGGAGACGGACCGGCGCGAAGAUGCCGCCACCCUGGGCCCUUAUGCUCCUGCUGCUGCUGCCCUGGGUGGCAGGUGGAUUAGGGAACGCAGCCAGUCCAAGGGGUCACGGCCUGCCGGGCCCAGCACUCCAGCCUGGGGUCUGUCGCUAUGGACCUAAACUGGCCUGCUGCUAUGGCUGGAGAAGGGGCAGUGAGGGAGUCUGUGAAGCUACGUGUGAGCCUCGAUGCAAGUUCGCUGAGUGUGUGGGGCCAAACCAAUGUCGAUGCUUCGCAGGAUAUGCCGGGAAAACCUGCAGUCAAAAUGUGAAUGAGUGUGGAAUGAAACCCCGGCCAUGCCAACACAGAUGUGUGAAUACGCAUGGCAACUGCAAGUGCUUCUGCCUCAGCGGCCACAUGCUCAUGCCGGAUGCCACGUGUGUGGACUCUAGGACAUGUGCCAUGACAAACUGCCAGUACGGCUGUGAAGACACGGAGGAAGGGCCGCGGUGUCUGUGUCCGUCCUGGGGACUCCGCCUGGCCCCAAAUGGAAGAGUCUAUAGUUUUUGUCUUGAUAUUGAUGAAUGUGCCUCUGGUAGAGCCGUCUGCCGCUAUAACCGAAGAUGUGUGAAUACAUUUGGAAGCUUUUACUGCAAAUGUCAUGUUGGUUUUGAACUGAAAUACACUCGGGGCCGACAUGACUGUGUAGAUACAAAUGAAUGUGCUCUGAAUACCCAUGCGUGCAGCCUCUACGCUAAUUGCCUCAAUACCCAAGGAUCCUUCAAGUGUACAUGCAAGCAGGGAUACAAAGGCAGUGGACUUCAGUGUUCUGUUAUCCCUGAAGAGCCUGUGAAGGAAGUCCUCAGAGCACGUGGUGCCAUCAAAGACAGAAUCAAGAAAUUGCUUGCUCACAAAAAAAGCAUGAAAAAGAAGGUAAAAAUUAAAAAUGUCCUCACAGAACCUGCUGGGACUCCCACCCCCAAGGUUAACCUGCAGCAGUUCAGCUCCAAAGAGGGCACUUCCCCAGCCGGGAAUUCUAGUGGAGGGAGAAAAGGGCGUGAAGAGAAAAGGAAGGAGGGGAUUGAGGAAGAGGAAGAAGAUGAGAAAGCCCGGAAGAACCCCAUGGAGCAGGAGCUAGGCCUUCAAGGAGAUGUGUUUUCCCCUAAGGUGAAUGACGCAGAUGAAUUUGGUCCGGUUCUGGUUCAGAGAAAAGCUACAACACCCAGACUCAAACACAAAGAUUUAAGUAUCUCGGUUGACUGCAGAUUUGACUAUGGCGUGUGUGCCUGGAAACAAGAUACAGAAGAUGACUUUGACUGGAACCCUGCUGAACGAGGUAAUGCUGUUGGCUACUAUAUGGCAGCGCCAGCCCUGGCAGGCCGUAAGAAGGACAUUGGCUGACUAAAACUGCUUCUCCCUGACCUGCAGCCCCAAAGCAACUUCUGUUUGCUCUUUGAUUACCGUCUGGCCGGAGACAAAGUAGGGAAACUUCGAGUGUUUGUGAAAAACGGUAACAAUGUCCUGGCAUGGGAGAAGACCAGGAGUAAGGAUGAAAAGUGGAAGACUGGGAAAAUUCAGUUGUAUCCAGGGAUUACUACUACUGAAAGUAUCAUUUUUGAAGCAGAACGUGGCAAGGGCAAAACUGGAGAAAUCGUGCUGGAUGGCGUCUUGCUGGUUUCAGGCUUAUGUCCAGAUGGCCUUUUAUCUGCGGAUGGUUGAAUGUUACUGUUGUCUUUUAUAUCUAUAUAUUGGGCUUAUGCCAGUUCUGUUUUUUUGAUAUUGCACCAUAAGACACCCCUGCUUCAUUUUAGGAAAACAAACUGAAAAAUUAUACCAACAGAAACAUUAUGGUAAGAUGCUUUUCUUGUGCAAGAUGUGCCGACAUUUGCUUUAAAUAUAGUACCACUGUGUCUUCUCAUUCAUUUUUGAAUUUACAAAAUGUGGUAAAAUCUGUUCAGCCUUUUUCCCCCAAGUACAUCUGAUUUGUCUACCUGAGUUGAUGAACCUCUCAAUGCAACAUUUUCAGAAUUGCAAAAAAUAAAUAAAUAAAUAAACCCCAGGGCACAGGGGAAAUAUUUGCUUGGCUUUUAGGGCACUUCUUGGAAACUGUGAUAUCACAGACAGAUUUUAACAUAAGUGGCUUCGCCUGAUCUUUUAUAUAUAGCCAAGCUUGUAUAUUAAAGUUCUUUGUGAUAAUAAUGUCCAAAUAAUCACCUUGUGGCAUGGUUAAAGUUGUAAGUAAGCAAAUGUGUUGCUGAUGCUGUGUUUAAUUAUGUGUAUGAUUAUUUACUUUGCUGGAAAAUGUGGGUUUUAUUCUUUUCUCUAUGGAAGUACUUUAUAGUGUUAAAAAUUCUUAAAAUUACUUCCUAUUAUGGAACACAUGACUGCUUUAUUAGGCAUCAUAAGUGCAGUGCAAAUUAGCUUAAGUUGUUGAAUUCAAGGCUUCAGAGAAAUACCUAAAACUAAAUUAUGCAAGUAGCCAGAUU